AGUGCGAGCGCGUUUUCGCUCCGGUGGAGACUCCGCCAUGAUGAACCGAGCUGGGAGGAGGCGGCGUGCCGUGCUACCUUUGUUGCCAUUGGUAGCGGCGCUUGGGGUUGCCGGUUUGGGCUUUGCACCAGAGAUGCGGAGCCCGAAGGUGAACGGCCAACGGGACCAACGGGACCAACAGUCCAGUCGGCUAUGCGGUAGAUGGGCCAAGGCGGCCAAGGCGGCCAAGCCAAGCCCGCCAGUCCAGCGACAAAUCUCCAAAUUAGAUUCUUUGGGCUUCAAAAGGCAGCAGCUGCACGACGCUGCACGAAAUGUUGCCUUCAUUGCAGCCAUCGCAGCGACCAUUGCGGGCAGCUGGAUCUUCACUGGGAAGUGGUGGAAGGUGCCUUUGGGCUUGGCCUUGCCCUCCAUGAUCUACAGACUUUGGACCACACGAGGUAGCACCGAAAAGCUGGCGCAGGUCAGCGCUUCCGUAGACACCAAAUACAUUGCCAGCACUGAGGAG